AUUGAAUUGAAAUGCGCUUGUGAAGAUCCGGACAUUUACAGAUACAAUAGUUAAAGCAUCUCUUUCAUACACCGUGUAUCACCCGAAAUUAAUCGAUGAUGGAUAUCACCAAGCUCUUCGAUGUCAAGGGGAAAGUAGUGCUUGUCACCGGAGGUGCCAAGGGCAUUGGAAGAAUGAUCUCGGAAGGCUACGUCGCCAACGGUGCCAAGGUCUACAUCUCAUCCAGAGAUGCUGCCUCUUGCGAAAAGGCCGCGUCAGAGCUCACGGCCAAGGGUCCCGGUUCCGCCGUGGCCCUGCCCGCGAACCUGCAGUCACUCGACGAGUGCACCAAGCUGGCCUCUGACCUAGCGGCACGCGAGCCUCGACUUCACAUUCUCGUCAACAACUCGGGGGCUACUUGGGGAGCUUCUAUAGAGGAGCAUCCUGAUUCUGCCUGGACAAAACUGUUGACAUUGAACCUGCAGCGCGUUUUUACUCUUACGCAGCUUCUUCUCCCGUUGCUGGAGAAGGCGGCCACGGCGGCGGACCCGGCGCGCAUCAUCAACAUCGGGUCAAUCGAUGCCCUGCGUGUGCCCGUGCUUACCAACUUUGCCUACGCUGCAAGCAAAGCCGGGCUUCAUCACUUGAGCCGCACGCUGGCUGUAGAGCUGGGCAAGAGGCACAUCACCAGCAACACCAUCGCAUGUGGACCUUUCCCCAGCAAGAUGAUGGCGGCCACGCUGGAUGCGGCUGGAGAGGCUAUCAAGGAGGCUUCGCCCUUGGGUAGGAUCGGACAGCCUGAGGAUGUAGCGGGCGCUUGUCUUUGGCUGUCGAGCCAAGCUGGGGCAUUUGUGAACGGAGCCACAGUUCCGUUGGAUGGAGGCAUUUCUUUGGUGUCCAAGAUGUGAGAAAUUGGCAGUUAUCUGAAGCUAAAGCUCGCGGUGACUGGAGGUUUUCUCAUAUGUGUAUAAUUAUAAAAAUGCUAUGUGGUAAGGUCCAUUAGGUCAUAUGAAACAGUGUUGCAGAGGCUUGCCGACACAUGAAGUGUCAUGAUAUAAGAUGGAGAAGUUUGAUUCAUCGAUAUUUCACCACAGGAACUGAUAACAAAGAAUGGGACACCAGUGACCAAGCAGUCAAGUCUACUAUUUAUGAAUAACUUUUGGGGCUGGCAAAUAUGAAGAUAGACGGAGACGCU